AUGACGCCUCCUGCUGAAGUGGCGGCCUCUCCUAAGCCUGGACCAUUUCUGCCUCCCUCCCUACCCCACACCACAGGUCCACUGUUUGAGCACCAGCCCUUCUUCGUUAGCUGGAACAUCCCUGAUCUGGUGUGCAACAGGUACAACAUUUCACUGGACACCUCACCCUUUAAAGGAGUGGCCACACCUGCUAAGGUCCCAGGCCAGUUCCUGUCUCUGUUCUACACAGACCGAUUGGGUCUUUACCCACAUGUAGACCUUAGAAGCGGGAAACAGUUCAAUGGUGGCAUCCCUCAGAGAGGGAACCUGAAAGCCAGCAUGGACAAGGCCAGAGCAGACAUUAACUACUACAUCCCAUCUAAGACAAGCCGAGGCUUGGCUGUGAUAGACUGGGAGGAAUGGCGACCCUUAUGGGACAGAAACUGGGGCACUAAGAGAAUCUACCAGACUUUAUCUGUUGCUCAUGUUAUGCAAACAAACCGUUCCCUCACAGCGCAGCAGGCCACAGAGAAAGCCAAACAACAGUUCCAGGUGGCAGCGAGGAGUUUCAUGUCAGGGAUGUUGGCAAUGGGCAGAGCUAUGAGACCCAGCUAUUUCUGGGGCUUCUACCUGUUUCCAAACUGUUACAAUUAUGGCUGGGAGGAGCCAGAUUACACAGGCCGUUGCUCCAAGGAAGUGAGGAGGCAGAAUGAUGAGCUGCUCUGGCUGUGGGAGUCCAGCACUGCCCUCUACCCCUCUGUUUACCUGCAGGUCUCUCUGGCAGACAAUCCCAGAGCUGCCCUGAUGGUGAGAAACCGUGUCAAGGAAACUUUGAGAGUAUCUGCCCUGCCCAGACGGAGUGGCACUACGCCUGUGUUUGUUUACAUGCGACCUGUCUUUGUUGACAACAACAGACGCUUCCUCAGCCAGGGAGACUUGGUAAGCACCAUUGGCGAGAGUGCAGCACUGGGAGUGUCUGGCGCUGUGCUGUGGGGGGCCAGUGCUGACUAUGACGACCAGACAUCUUGUGAAGCCUUCUCAUCCUACCUCUCCUCCACCCUCAACCCUUACAUCACCAAUGUCACCGUAGCUGCACAGCUCUGCAGCAACUUCCUGUGUCAGGGGAAUGGGCGCUGUGUCAGAAAAAACUACAAUUCCAAUUACUACCUCCACCUAAACGCUGAGAAUUUCAGGGUCUUGCAUGUUCAGAACCGCUACUUUGUCCUAGGGAGACCUACCUUCACAGACCUGAAGACUUUGAGUAGGAGGUUUACCUGUCAAUGCUACAAAGGACUGAGCUGCUCUCCAAGGACACACAGUGAGCUAGCCAAGGCUCUUCUAUUUAGUGUGAAGCAAGGGGUGCGCCAAAAGGCUCACACACUGAAUAAAUCCAUGUUAGAUGACUCACAACAAGCCAGUAUUACAAAGGACAAUGUUAAAAAGAACUUGAAAGUUUAGCUUGUAUUAAUUCUGGGAACUAUCCAGUCCUCUCAUAAUCCAGUGCUGAAUAAUUUGUGUGUUUAUUCUACAGCGUGGUUUGCAUUUUUGCUCAAGUGAGUGCACAAAAGCAGAUUGCCUCACGAUGCAUACUUAGUGAACCUGGAUCUACUGGCUUGGUUGGGGAGUACUAACUCUGUAGCAGGGUUUUCUGGCAGAAUUCAGUGAUACCAUCAACCAUUUCGUUAUCAGCUCACCUUUUUAAAUUGCUAUGUUGUUGCCUCCAAUCACUGAUACUUUUUGCAGCAUUGAGUGACUAGUGUUAGCAGACAGUGUUAGCAGCUGAUUACUGGCCCAAUUAAAAGGACUCAGGAAGCAUUACUUCAUCUAUAUAAUGUGUAUACUAUGUUCACUGACAGAAGAUGUUCCAUAGUAUUGCCAAAGAACAGUGCUACCAUUCAGGGGUUAUAAUCUCUAAUUAAACGUACAAACAAAUACUGUGCUAUGGCCGUGUCAGUGUGACAAUAUUAUUUCCAUUGUGUAUUUGUAUAUAAUUUGACUGUAUAUGUAAA